AAAAUAAAGACAAACAUUCACAGAUUGGCGAAGAGAAGCAUGUAAAGACAACACAGGCCAUUCAUGGUUUCCAUCGAUGCUUAUAAUAAUAAUACACUUAUCUAUUCUCCUUCGGCAAAUCCGGCUACAACGCGUGAGUUUCGUACCUCGUUGGCAUUUCUCUUGGAAAUCUCAAAUGGGUUGUUCCCUGUUUGUUGGAAUACUGUUCUUUAUGUAGAGCACAAACUAUGGUAGGACAAUUGAGAAGCAAUAUAUGAAUUUACUAAGCACUUGCAAAUAAGAAUACAGAUUGUUGGAUGGUGAAAAUUUUUGGGAGUAGCUUCUUGGCUUGUUUGUUGAUUGAGAUAAAAUGCCACUGAAAUUUGGAAUAGAUAUGGCUCCUGGGGGAAGCACCUGCAAAGAAGUUCGUGAAACUCAUUCCACAGUCGCAGAUUAUGAUAUUUCCUUGGCAAAAUCUGAGAAUAAUGGUGCCCAAACAAAAUCUGUGGUUGGUUCGGGUGGAAAAUGUGGAGUGCAUUCAGAUAAUGGUGUGCAUGAGCUCCUGGAGUGUCCAGUCUGCUCAGAUUUGAUGUACCCUCCGAUUCACCAGUGUCCCAAUGGUCACACCUUAUGUUCAAAUUGCAAGAUCAGAGUCCGAAACUGUUGCCCAACUUGCCGCUAUGAUCUUGGCAAUAUAAGGUGUUUGGCUUUGGAAAAAGUUGCGGAAUCAUUGGAACUUCCCUGCAGAUACCAGAGUUUGGGUUGUCAUGAUAUUUUCCCCUACUAUGGCAAGCUGAAGCAUGAGCAACACUGUCAUUUCCGUCCACACAGUUGCCCUUAUGCUGGGUCUGAGUGCUCCAUCACAGGUGACAUUCCAACUCUUGUUGCCCAUCUUAAGGAUGAUCACAAGGUUGACAUGCAUGAUGGGUGUACCUUCAACCAUCGCUAUGUCAAAUCAAAUCCUCAUGAAGUUGAAAAUGCAACUUGGAUGCUAACUGUGUUCAACUGUUUUGGUAGACAGUUCUGCUUACAUUUUGAAGCUUUCCAGAUAGGCGUGGCACCAGUCUAUAUGGCUUUCCUACGCUUUAUGGGCGAUGAUAAUGAGGCGAAGAAAUUUAGUUAUACUUUGGAAGUUGGUGGGAAUGGCCGUAAACUAAUAUGGCAAGGAAUUCCCAGGAGCAUCCGUGACAGUCACAGGAAAGUUCGUGAUAGCCAAGAUGGACUUAUAAUUCAGAGAAAUUUAGCUCUCUAUUUUUCUGGUGGGGACCGACAGGAGCUGAAGUUGAGGAUUACAGGACGUAUAUGGAAAGAAGAAUGAGCUGUGGAAAGGAAUAUGUUAACGCGUUCAGCAUUUCAUUACGAUGUCUAUGAGAAACUCACCGGAGGUUCUCCUCGUGACGGUAAACGAACAAAGUGUCAGUCAAUUUGUUGGUUUCCUUUGGUGUUUUGUAAUUAGGCAUGGCUUUGUUAAGCCAUGACUCCUUUUGUUCAACUGGGUUGCUCAAAGAUGAAUGCAGCAAAGUUGAUCAUCUGCCAUCUUACUGAACCUUGUGCUUUGUCGCUGCUCUUAUGUAACAUAUGACACAGUUUUUACAUUGGAAGGGAAAUAACAUAAUAAGUUUCCAUCGAUUAUCUUGAA